GGAGACGCUUAGCCUCGCCUCCCUCCUCUAAUUCUCUAGGACACUUAGGUCCCCAACCCUCCCUCGGGCUGUUUAUCGUUGUGCCAGAUGCACAGCACAUUGUGUGACACUGACUUAAGAUUCUAACUCUGUGCAAGAGAAAAAAAAAAAACAGUGGAGAAGGCUGGGCUGGACCACGGGAAAGAGAUAGGAAAACGGAUACGAAUGUAAGGCACAGAGUUGGCUCGGCGUCCCUGGCAGUUAGGAAGACAGGCCCCUGGAGGGGCCUUGGCGGGUCUCCGCUCGCGGGAGUUCUGCGGUGUCUUUCCCAGUGCUAUCUGCAGGCUGGCCAGCUUCCUCUGCGCUCCUGAAAGCUGCGGCCCAGCGCGGACUAGUGAGGACCUCCACAGCUCCUGACAUUGCUAGGAGUCCUGUCGGCGUUUUCUCCCAGCCUCCGCCAUGCCGGCGGUGCUGGGUUUUGAAGGCAGCGCCAAUAAGAUUGGCGUGGGCGUGGUGCGGGAUGGCAAGGUGCUGGCGAACCCGCGGCGGACUUACGUCACGCCUCCUGGCACAGGAUUCCUUCCAGGUGAUACAGCCAGGCAUCACCGAGCUGUUAUCCUAGACCUGCUGCAGGAGGCACUAACAGAGUCUGGAUUAACCUCCCAGGAUAUCGACUGCAUUGCAUACACCAAGGGCCCUGGCAUGGGUGCCCCACUGGUUUCUGUGGCUGUUGUGGCCCGUACUGUGGCCCAACUGUGGAAUAAGCCAUUGGUGGGUGUGAACCACUGUAUAGGCCACAUUGAGAUGGGCCGCCUCAUCACUGGAGCCACCAGCCCAACCGUGUUGUAUGUGAGUGGAGGAAAUACGCAGGUGAUUGCAUACUCGGAACAUCGUUACCGUAUCUUUGGGGAAACCAUCGAUAUUGCAGUGGGUAAUUGUCUGGAUCGUUUUGCUCGAGUGCUGAAGAUUUCUAACGACCCAAGUCCAGGAUACAACAUUGAACAGAUGGCAAAGCGAGGCAAGAAGCUAGUUGAGCUGCCAUACACUGUAAAGGGGAUGGACGUCUCAUUCUCAGGGAUCCUGUCUUUCAUUGAGGAUGUAGCCCAUCGGAUGCUGGCCACAGGCGAGUGUACUCCUGAGGAUCUGUGUUUCUCCCUGCAGGAAACUGUGUUUGCAAUGCUGGUAGAGAUCACAGAGCGAGCCAUGGCACAUUGUGGCUCCCAGGAGGCCCUCAUUGUGGGAGGAGUGGGGUGUAAUGUGAGGCUACAGGAGAUGAUGGCAACAAUGUGCCAGGAACGUGGAGCCCGGCUUUUUGCUACAGAUGAGAGAUUCUGUAUUGACAAUGGAGCGAUGAUAGCCCAGGCUGGCUGGGAGAUGUUUCGGGCUGGACACAGGACCCCACUCAGUGAUUCUGGGGUUACACAGAGGUAUCGGACAGAUGAAGUAGAGGUGACCUGGAGGGACUAAUAAGAUGAACAGAAUCAGAGUAGAUAGUUCCUUGAUCGGAACCCAAAGGACCCCGUGCCUCAAUCUCUAUCCUGAUGUCAUGGGAGUCCUAGCAAAGCUAUAGACUCCAAGCAAGGCUUGGGGUCCUUUAUGGAACCCCAGGAUGACUCAGCAAUAAAAUAUUUUUGGUUUUUUGGUUUUGUA